AAAGCCUGAGCAAAAAGCCGUAUUUGCCGUAUUGAAAGGAAAGAAAGAAAUAAAAAUUAAUUAAUAACGGUGUCAAGUGCAAUCAUCCAUAAAAUAAUAAAACCACUAUCAAAUCUGUUUAUUUCCUCACCAUUCUUGAGCCAGUGUAUUGGCAUAAACAAACAUGAUUUAUAAAGUGGAAACAUAUAUUUAAACUAAAACUUCCUAUCUACGUUUCGUUCAUCUGAGUUAAAUACAAAAAGGGCAAAAAGAUGAGGUUAAGAAGACUUUCGGCGGUUUUUUGGGCAACAUGUAUUAUAGCUUUCUUAUUUAUUCUUUAUGUUGUUACCGACUUAACAUUUAAAUUGCCAAGUAUUAAGCCUGUCAUGAUGGAAUUAGAUGAUAGCAAAUGGUCAUCAUUUGAAUCAAAACUGCGUCACAUAGAGAAUGAACUUAAUGAGCAUCACGCUGUGGUUGGUGAGAUUAAAACCGCCAUGGAUCAGAUAGUGGAUCGCUCAGCAGAGAAUCCUCCGAUGAAGAAACCCAAGACUCAAAAGAAACUGGCUAAAAUAAGAGAGUUUAAGGUUGUGGGCGAUGAACCUCCAAGAAUGCAUCUAAAGAAUAAAGUUGAUAUGUCUUACUGUCCAAUUUAUCAACAGAGCUCAAAAACAGAUGUACAGAUGCUGUCCAUGUAUGAAAGAAUAACAUUUGAUGAUAAAGACGGUGGAGUGUGGAAGCAAGGUUGGGACAUUGAAUACAAAGAGAGCCAGUGGAGCAGCAAGAAUAAACUGAAAGUAUUCAUUGUUCCACAUUCACACAAUGAUCCAGGAUGGAUAAAAACAUUUGAGAAUUACUACAAGACGCAAACAAAAGCAAUAUUUACAAAUAUGGUUGAAAAAUUAUCAGAAGGCAUCGGCAGGAAGUUUAUUUGGGCUGAAAUCAGCUUUCUAUCCUUGUGGUGGACUAUGGAUGCAACUGAGAAAGAGAAAGUUGCUUUUCAAAACUUACUUAAAGCGGGAAAAAUCGAGAUAGUCACAGGUGGAUGGGUAAUGAACGACGAGGCGAAUUCACACUGGAUGUCUAUUAUACAACAGCUGACUACAGGCCACCAAUGGCUGACGGAGAACCUAGGUUAUACACCGAGAAACAGUUGGGCUAUAGAUCCCUUCGGAUAUUCUAGCACUCAACCUUAUUUACUGAAGCUUACUGGGUUUGAAAACUCUUUGAUACAGAGAGUACACUAUAGGGUGAAGAAGGAAUUAGCUAUGGACAGGCAAUUGGAAUUCAAAUGGAGGCAACUCUGGGAUGGCAGUGGCAAAACCGAUAUGUUUACCCACAUGAUGCCAUUUUACUCAUAUGAUAUACCUCACUCUUGUGGCCCUGAUCCAAAGAUAUGUUGUCAAUUUGACUUCAAAAGGCUCCCUGGCAAUGGAGUAACCUGUCCUUGGGGUGUGGCGCCCAGGAAAAUUAUUCAGAAAAAUGUGGGAGAGAGGGCAUCACUAAUAUUGGAUCAAUGGCGUAAAAAGGCGCAAUUAUACCGCAGCAACGUGGUACUGUUUCCGCUCGGCGACGACUUCCGGUACGACCGCUCCAAUGAAUGGGACCACCAGUACCAGAACUAUGAAAUGCUCAUUGAUUAUAUUAAUAAUAAUGACGCGUGGAAUGCUGAGAUUCAAUUCGGCACCCUUAACGACUAUUUCAAAGCAUUACACGAAGAGAUGAAAAUGUCCGAUUUCCCGGUGCUCACUGGGGACUUCUUUACGUACGCGGAUAGGAACCAACAUUACUGGAGCGGGUAUUACACUUCCAGACCGUUCUAUAAGAAUAUGGAUAGAGCGCUACUGGGAUAUGUAAGGGCAGCGGAAGCGAUAACUUCCCAAGCGGUAUCUUCCCGCUCAGUGACGUACAUCCUGUCUCUCCAACUGCGCGACCGCGUGGAGCGUGCGCGGCGCUCGCUCGCGCUGUUCCAGCACCACGACGGGGUUACCGGCACCUCUAAGGACGAAGUUGUCGUGGAUUAUGCCAAGAAGUUACACCAAGCCAUCAAAGACUGUCAGUCAGUGAUCCAGCAAGCGGCCUACUACCUGCUCAAACAACCGGCCAUUCAAGACCAAACCCAAGAGGAUAUUUACUUCGAUAUCGAUGAUAUAUGGCAGCGGCAUGAUGAAAUACCAACAAGAAUUACUAUAGCCCUGGAUGAAGUGUCUCCGUCUAGACGGAUAGUGCUGUAUAACGCGCUGGCCUUCAAGAGGCAGGAGAUAUUGACUGUUAUCGUUUCGUCACCGCAUGUUGAGGUAUUCGACCCAGAUGGUAGUCCAAUAAUGGCGCAAAUAACCCCCGUGGUAUCGGGCGAGCGUCGUCUGGGCUUCGCUGCGAACAAGUUCCAGCUGUCGUUCCCGGUCAGCGUGGACGCGCUCGCGCUGACCACGUACAGCGUGUCGCUGAGAGACAGCAUGAGCAUUAACAAAUACACAUCGUUCGCGCGGAUCCGCGUGUACAACGCGGACUACUGGUCCAUAGAGUUACCAAAAAUGUUCCCCAUAGAGCAGCCAGCAGCAAGACUAGCUGAUGACGUCACCCUGCAGGCCGGCAACAGUACGCGCGUGUUGGCCACCAAGCACGGGCUGGUGAAGGCCAUCAUAUCCAGCGAUGGGAAGACCACGCCGGUGCAUAUGGAUUAUGUACAGUAUGGUACCCAAAAGCUACAAGACAACAACAGUGGCGCAUACCUAUUCAUCCCGGAUGGACCGGCGCAACAGUUCAAUUUGGACGCAUACCCUGAAUUGGUUAUAACUGAAGGACCCUUCAAGGCUAGCCUGUACACGGCGUUAGUUGGACCUAAAACCGCUGAGAUUAUAUUAGCUGUAUCAGUAUACAACAACCCGUCGUUACCGCAAAGCGAAAUAGAAAUAACGAACACGUUCCUGAUAGACCCGAAGGUGGAUGAUAUGGAGCUGGCCAUGAGGUUCUCUACCGGUAUUAAGAAUGGCGACGUUUUCUAUACUGAUGUUAAUGGCAUGCAGAUGAUAAAACGUCGCUAUUUCGACAAACUACCGCUCCAAGCGAACUUCUACCCGCUGCCAGCGGCUGCGUACAUCGAGGACGAGUCGACCCGCCUCACUAUACUCACUUCUACGCCGCUAGGGGUCGCUGCACUGCAACCCGGUCAAAUUGAGAUAAUGCAAGACCGUCGUUUAUCCCGCGACGACAACCGCGGCGUGAACCAGGGCGUGCUGGACAACGUGCGCACGCGGCACUGCUUCAGGCUCCUCGUAGAACACGCCACUUCGCCCUGCUCUCGUUCCCGCGGCGACAAGCUAUACGGGCACUUAUCCCUCGGCGCGCACGUGUCCCAGCACACGCAGCUCCAACCCCUACGAGUGCUGCUACACGCUGCGGACGAGAACUCGCCCCGACCGAUGUACACACGUGCGUUGCGAUCGGCCGCGGAUAUAGUGCUCGCGUCGUUCAGAUCGCAUGUUGCUGUUACGAAUAAAGACGGUUCAACCUACCACGGUAUGGGACUGACACUGCAGCGAGUACAACUCGAGAAAUGCUACAACAACAGAGCUAUCUCUAAGUUUUACACAGUUAGCGAUGGACAGGUACAACUGACCGAUAUGAUAGACGUCCAACCGGACCACGUAUACGACAGCUCACUCACAUUCCUGCACAUUAAGAACCCGCUCCCCGACGCAUUACUCGUACUAUGUCCCAUGGAAGUGCGAUCUGUUUUCAUCAACAUGACGCUCAAACACGGCUGAAUGAACGAGACUGAACGAAUGAACGAUAUUAUAGUACAUUUUCAUAGUGAAGACUGCCAAAGUCCAAUUCCUACUUGAAUUAAAUAUAAACUGAGAUACGAUCUUUUGAAAUAAACGGUUGAAGAUAAUACAUACUUUACAGCGCAUGUAAUAAAGUGCAUAAUAGACUGAGAGUGAAUGGAAAGUGAAUUCAAAAGCGACUGAUUAAUUUCUUAACUUUGUAAGUCUAAAUAACUCGUUUCGCUCUCUCUCUGUCCUAAUUUUCCUCAAAUACAGUAGAAUGUAGAUAAAUAGACAACUUAAUCCUAUUCAUAAUAUAUAUAAUAAUUACAUAAAUAAUUAAUAUAUAAUAUAAUAAUUACAUAAAUAAUUAAUAUAUAAUAUAAUAAUUACAUAAAUAAUUAAUAUAUAAUAUAAUAAUUAAAUAAUUUAUAUUUUCAACAUAAAGAAGCAAUAAAUAUAAGGAUAGAACAUAUUGUAUCGUAAAAUUAGCGGUGUACGGACAUAAUAUAAAAUUGUAAAUAGCUGCUAUUUCUAGCUAAUUUUUAUAUUUCUAGAAUUCAACUAUAUAGUAACUAAUUUAAUUAAUACGGCAGCAUUUUUUUGUUAAUUGUUAAAUAAUUUUUCAUGAAAAUUGAAUAUGUUACUUAUUUUUGUGAUAUGUUUGCGUUUGUGAUUAUAAAAAGUAUAUUUUGUAUG